CACGGUGCCGAGCCGAGCCGCUGUCGCCGUCAAUCGAGACUCGACUGCGGGCCGAGCGGUACCUCGCCUCCACCACCGCCUCCACCACGCCGCGCGCGGGAACUGCGUGAUCGCGAGUGUGCGCUCGUACUUGCUGCGCCCUGUGUUGUGCUCCACCAGCAUGCGGGCCCUCGUCGCCUUCCUGGUGGUCGUCACCAGUGGAUUAGUGUCCGGCUCGGCCAUCCCCAUGUGGGAGUUCCUCAGUCGCGGCGAGAAGAUGAGCCACCUGUUCAACAUGUUCGUCAAGCAGGUCGAGGACCACUGCGACCAGUCCACCAUGCCAGACUGCAACAAGGUGCUCAUGGUGUACGGCCUGACCAACCUGGCCAAGAUGGACGACGACAGCCUCGACAAGAUGGACCCGUACCAGCGGGAGGCCCACGACAUCAUCUGGGACUCGAUGAUGAAGGGCAGCUACAAGAACGCCGGCGCCAGCACCACGCCCGGCUCCAGCAGCACCAGCAGCAACACCACCCCCAGCAGGCGCAACGAGGGCCACGACGUCUACGCCGGCGACGAUGACGGCGACCUGGCGGACGGCGGCAACGGUCUGGGCGGCGCAGGGGACUCGCGGGACCAGGAUGACGUCGCCAGAUACGCCUUCGGGCACGGGCCCAUGGUGGUCCGGGUCAUGCCGGACGGCUCCCCAGUUCCCGGCGACGUGGAGCGGCCGCUGCCCCGCGACGAGGACGCCGAGGAGUUCCGCCUGAUGCGCGGCCAGCCGAUGCCUUCCCUGGAGGAGAUCCAGCGCCCCAGAGCACCCGGCGCAGCGCCCGGCGCCCAGCACAGUCAGCACAGCCAGCACCGGCCGCGCGGCCACGCCCCCGACAGGUUUCAGGCAGGCCCGGCGCCACAGCAGGGACACUACAGCAGCCGGUUCCCUCAGCUGACCGCUUCGCAGCCCCACGCCAAGUUCGCCCUGCCGCCCCCCGGCAUGAACUUCAGGAUAGCCGCGCGGCCGCACCAGCCGUGAGGCCCCCCACCCCCCACCCCACCCGCCGCCGCAGUGAGCCGCAGCGCAGACCUCAGGACCGCACAAGAGCACGGAUUGGUUGGACCGUGCUUGCAAGCGAGGGAGCCUCCUUGUGGAGUUAAACAGUAUUCAGAAAUUUAAAUAAUAUAAUUGGGUGGCUCUCUGCAGCGUUCAACGAUGCAAGUGACUUUAGAUGAAUGCUUGUCGUAUGACUUUGGAAUUUGGAAUUCGGUGUUUCCAUUCUUUUGACGUUGGCGCGUUGGCGCUCAAAUUGCCUUUAAGUGUGUAUAUAUAUUUAUAACAAUGCAACCGGUGCUGUAAUGAAAGCUGUCCUAUACAUGUUUAAAAUGUCUCUUCGAGUCUCUAAAGAAGCAUUGUAGAUGAACAAAUACAGUAAUUUAUGUGUUACAAAUUUAGCUUUAAGUACUGUUUUCUUAUUUUACUGUCAUUAUUUUUAUAAUAAGCAGUGUUGUUACAUUCAUACUAGGUAGUUGUACAUACGUCACAAUCAUGUUCUUGCCUGUUUGGAGCACCAAAGUGGUGUUGAUCCGUUCCUCUUUUGUAAAUAAUUACUUUCAUUAACUUAUUUUAUGUUGUUGAAACAAUCAAACAGCGUUAAAUCAUGUAGUAUAUAUUUAUGUUGAAUGAGAGAAGUCUUGAUUUUUUGAUGAUUCGUAAGCCAAAACUGUGAAACUAGGGUACUUUAACCGUGACCAACCCAGACUAAUUAAAAUGGUCCCAUGUAAAAAUAUGUUUCCUUCCAGCGGAUUCUACUCCAAUUCGCGUGAGGCACUGUAGUUGUUAUACUGGCAAAGAAAACCUCUGGACAUGUAACUGGCCCUAAAGCGCAUAGCACAAUGAAUAUUUGUGAAAUAUACAGAGAUGUAUUGUAACUCAUGUGGUAUUAAAUGAAAACGUCCUGAA